CUGCCGGCCUUUAUAAUGCGGGAAAGGCGCUGUAAUUGGCUGGGGCCGCAUGCACACGUGUUGCAGAUCAUGCUAAUGUGAUACCCGCCUCUCCGCUUUCAGUCUCAGUCGGAGACCAAACACUCAGCAAGUCUCUCGGAGCCGUUCGCUGUACGGAGCGAAAGCAGCUGAACCGCAAACGACCCAUCAUGUGGAAGCGCCGCCUGACAGUCUCCUGCCCCAUCGUACUACUCCAUAUACUGAUGGUGGCUGUUUGCGCGGUGUUCGGUGAAUACUGUGAGGUGAACCUGUGCCGCAAUGGCGGGACCUGCGUCGCUCGACGGGGCAGCCCCUCCUUCUUCUGCGUCUGUCCCGACGGCUUUGGCGGGGAGACUUGCAACACCACGGAGAUCGGGCCCUGCAAUCCCAACCCCUGCAAGCAUGGUGGCAUCUGCGAGGUCACCAACGGCGUCCGACGAGGGGAUGUCUUCAGUGAAUAUGUCUGCAAGUGUCAAGAAGGUUUCCAGGGAAUUCAUUGCCAGAAAAGUUUGAGCGACUGCGCCGGCCGGCCCUGUGAGAACGGAGGAGUGUGUCGGACCCUCAACGGGAUCCCCAGCUGCCACUGCCCCUCCCCCCACGUGGGCAAAUACUGUCAGUUCCGAUGCAUCUCCCUGCUGGGGAUGGAGAAAGGGGGAAUCGCCGAGUCCCAGAUCUCCGCCUCCUCGGUGCACUAUGGCAUUCUGGGACUGCAGCGCUGGGGCCCUGAGCUUGCUCGCCUCAACAACAAAGGCCUUGUCAACGCGUGGACUGCAGCCUCUUAUGAUAAGAGUCCCUGGAUUGAGGUCAACCUGCGGAGGAAGAUGCGGCUGACGGGCAUCAUCACCCAGGGUGCCAGUCGCAUGGGCACAGCCGAGUUCAUCAAAGCGUUCAAGGUGGCCUCCAGUCUGGAUGGCAGAACCUACACCAUAUACCAACUCGAGGGACAGCUAAAAGAUCACGUGUUUACAGGGAAUGUAGAUAACGAUGGGAUCAAGACGAACCUGUUUGACCCGCCCAUCCUGGCCCAGUACCUGCGCAUCCUGCCCGUGGUGUGUCGCCGGGCCUGCACCCUCCGCAUGGAGUUCGUCGGCUGCGAGCUGAAUGGCUGCUCCGAGCCCCUGGGCGUGAAGUCGCUGCUGAUCCCAGACAAUCAGCUGACGGCCUCCAGCGUCUACCGUACCUGGGGCAUCGAGGCCUUCACUUGGUACCCCUACUACGCCAGGCUGGACAGGCAGGGCAAGACAAACGCCUGGACCGCUGCCACCAACAGCCGCUCUGAGUGGCUCCAGGUGGACCUGGAGAACCCUAAACGGAUCUCGGGCAUUAUUACCCAAGGGGCUAAAGAUUUUGGAGUUGUGCAGUUUGUGUCUGCCUUUAAAGUGGCGUACAGUAAAGACGGCCUGACGUGGUCUGUGAUGGAGGACCCAGAGACCAAAACUGACAAGGUCUUCCCAGGCAACAGCGACAAUAAUACUCAUAAGAAGAACGUUUUCGAGCCGACAAUCUGGGCCCGCUUUGUACGCGUCCUCCCCUGGACGUGGCAUGAGCGCAUUACCCUUCGCCUGGAGCUCCUCGGCUGUGACGAGUAGUGCCCCGGGUGCUUGGCCACGCCCCCUUUCCCUUGCCUCGCCCACCCACUCAUGCACACGCACACCUCGUUCACAGCCACCCGGUCCAGCAUUAUGUCUCUCUGACGCCCUCUGCUGUUUGCUAGCUUCACUUCGGUGGACCUCUACUUGCCCUCUGUAACUAUGAUACGAUAUUGUAAUUCGUGGUGUAAAUAAGCAUGUGGUGCGUACUGGUGUCACGUUAAUGUUUUGUGCUGCGUGGACCUGACCCGGCCCUGAUCACCUGUAGCCUGUAGGAGGACCAACGUCCUCUGUGUUUGUGGUGAGGUUUAAGUAACUUUUUGCGGCACUAUUUACAGAGAUAUAUGGAGUUUAGUGGUAUUAGUAUAGGAUGUCUGCGAUGGGCUGGCCCCCCAUCCUGGGUUGUUCCCUGCCUCGUGCCCAUUGCUUCCGGGAUAGGCUCCGGACCCCCCGCGACCCAGUAGGAUAAGCGGUUUAGAAAAUGGAUGGAUGGAUAGUAUAGGAUGUCAGGUUUCGCUGGUGUUUUGGUCAGCCUGUGAGCACGGUUAAGUUAACCAUUAACACAGUAAGUAAGUAGAAGGCAGGACAACAGUGUAGAAUCUUCAGGAGCGACAGACGUCGCAAUAACAGCCUCCCGAAACCUGAAUGACACCUUCUGGAUCCUGUCCCUUCAGCUGAGGAGAUGGGCAAUCCUGUUUUUUUCUUUUUGGUUUUCCGUUUUAACGAACUGCAAGGUCUGUUUAUCCAGUGCAGAGAUCCAGAACGGCGUCGCGGCGUGGCUGAGCUUGUGUUUUCAUUGGUGCCGGGACGUGGAAUGUUGGCAGGCCGUACCCGUGGGAGUCGCUCCUCUCGGUGGUGUGUUAGCUGCCUUUCUGGGCGAAGUUCAGAGGUGUGUUAAGGGUCUGUUCACUGAAAGCUGGACUUGGUUAGUUUAUAAUUUUCAUGAAGUCCAUUUUUUUUCCCCCUGACCUAUUAAAAGCAGGAAUUUUUAAAAGGAAUACUUGAUAUUUCAGAGAGAUCCAGGCUGUAGCCCAGUCUGGAAUGUGGCAGUUUUUCACCAGGCAAGUGUUUAGAAACCAGAGAAGAAUCUUAGCAGUGACUCAAAGGACAUUUGUGUUCUGGCUGAAUUGUGCAUUUUUUCCCCUUCUCUGCUUGCUAAUGCAUUCCAAACUCUCCUGCUUGAUGACACUGCAGGAAGUGGACCGCCGUGCCCUUCUGUUUCCCUGGGGCUGUCAGGCCCCCAGUCGCUUGGCCUCCCAUUGGCUGGUAGACAGGCUGCAGCCGGUCGGGGACAGGAAGUUUGUGCCAGGACCUGAACUUGUGGGAUCACCAGUAAAAUGGGGCCAAAGGUGCUGGGCUUGUGCACUGUGGCACUGGUGUCUUCCGGCUGGAGACUCCCUGUGUCCCAGGGAUGGAUCUGCCAAUCCGUGGGUGGCGAGCAGGGACAGAGCGGCCAGCAGAGUGGAGGAGCCUCUCGUGGGCCGGGAGCAGUUGGGCUGCCUCCCAAACGUUUGUACCCGCAGGCCGAGGGCGCACAUGUAGUCUCAUCCGCUGUAAAAGAAUCGAAGAUGUACAGAUAGACAUGGCGAUCGUCUUUGAAGGCAUGCCACCAACACACUAACUCUUCUGUUUUGGUUCGUCUCCUGCUGUCCUGUUUUGUUCUGUUCAUCAAGAUGUUUAUCUGCUUUUUUUUUUUUUUUUUUUUUUUAAAUGCAAAUUUAUUGUUAGUUUACUGAGGUUUUUCCCCUCUUGAAUUUCUGAAUAAAGUUGAAUUUUUGUUUAA